AUGAUAUUCAUUAGGAUAAGCUGCGGGAGACGAAAAGAUCCAAAUGAUGGAGGUGCACUUAGUAUAGAGAAACCGAUGUUAAUCCAACAGAAAUUAAGACAGCCGCGCCCGAUUUUGAUUGAGGGCGUCAAUGAAAAAUUCAAAAAUGUAGCAGUUGAUACCUUGGAUCGUUUGCGGAAGAACUCUCAGGCUUUAAUUGGUCUAGCCCUCGUACUUUUGCACGAUCCACUAACAAAAUAUCUUAGUAGUGAAAAUGACAGUCAGUUUGCAGCCCUUGCGAUUUGCAGACUGAGCGAUAAAUUAGCAGGAGUAGAAAAUAGAAUUUAUAUGGAUCCCUCACAACAGGUUUCUUAUCUUAUUAAAGAAGCGAGUGACCCAGAAAACCUUGCUCGAAUGUUUGCUGGAUGGAUGCCUUUUCUGUAG